AUGGAUGCUGCAAAAACUACUUCUCCGCCGCAAAGCGCUAGGGUGUUGAGAGUUAUUGGCCGCACCGGCUCUCAGGGUCAGUGUAGUCAAGUUCGCGUCGAGCUCUUCGAUGUCAAGCGAAGCAUUGUUCGCAACGCAAAGGGCCCAAUCCGUGAAGGCGACAUUCUCGUCCUCCUGGAAUCUGAAAGAGAAGCUAAAAGACUCCGCUAG